CCUAUGAUGCCGUCAGGGAGACGUCGGCCAAGACUUAUAGCUCACCCGCACCACGUCACUGUAGUUGCGAUCAAGGGUCAUCGCGGCAUGCCUUUGAUCUGUUAGUCGUCUGAUAUAUAUUCGCGUUGCUGUGCCUUGUGUUUAUUAUCGUCCACACCUGUACACAGUACACUGCUCUCGCACUCCUGCACAAGUAGCACAAUGGAUCAUGAAAACCGUCUGAACUCUCCGUCACCGCCAGACGCCCGUACUGUCAGUAUCGACACCGCCGUGGCCAGCAGCAAGCCCGAUACCAAAUUGCCGCCGGGGCCGUCGCCCCAAGUAGACUCAACCCCCCCAGACCCCGAGGAAAACGGCGAUGUCAACACCGAGGAUAGCCCUUUCUCCCUCACUCCAGCCCAGCUCUCGAAGCUUCUCGAACCAGACGCCAUCACCACCCUCCAAGCACUAGGCGGCCUACGCGGUCUCGAACGCGGCCUCAGGACCGACACCCGCGCCGGUCUCAGCACCGACGAGACGAGGAUACACGAUGAUGGCUCCGUAGAAACACCUACACCCACCACGCCCACCCCCCUCACCCCCGCCACACCAAAACCCCUCCUCAGCAAAGCCACCGCCGCCGCCUCCCCCUCCUCCAACCAGCACUCCAACCAACCCUUCACCGACCGACGGCGCGUCUUCGGCUCCAACCGCCUCCCCGACCGCAAAUCCCAAUCCUUCCUCGCGCUGGCGUGGAUCGCGCUGCAGGACCGCGUGCUGAUCCUGCUCAGCGUCGCGGCCGCCGUGUCGUUCGCGCUGGGGCUGUACCAGACCUUUGACGGGCACGAGGAGGAAGGCGCCGCGGGGGGUGCGCGGGUGGAGUGGAUCGAGGGGGUGGCGAUUAUCGUGGCGAUCCUGGUGGUCGUGGUCGUCGGCGCCCUGAAUGACUGGCAGAAGGAGAGGCAGUUUCGCAGGUUGAAUCGGAAGAAGCAGGACCGGGCGGUGACGGUGGUGCGGUCGGGCCGGGCGGCGAGGGUGUCGGUGUAUGAGGUGCUGGUCGGGGAUGUGAUGGUGCUGGAGCAGGGGGAUGUGGUGCCGGUGGAUGGGGUGUUGGUGGAGGGGCAUAAUGUGAGUUGUGAUGAGUCGUCGGCGACGGGCGAGUCGGAUGUUGUUAAGAAGAUGCCUGCUGAGGCGGUCUUGCGGGCGAUGCUGCAUCCGGAUGAUGAUGCCUCCCAUGCCCAUGCCCAUGUGAAGAGGAUGGAUCCGUUUCUGUUAUCAGGGGCUAGGGUGCUGGACGGGGUUGGGAAGUUCCUGGUGACAGCCGUUGGGCCACGCUCUAGCAUGGGGAGGACCAUGAUGGCUCUGCGUAACGACCCCGGCAUGACGCCGUUGCAGGCGCGGCUGAAUAUCCUCGCAGGUUAUAUCGCGAAGCUAGGCAGCGCGGCGGGAUUGCUGCUCUUCACUGUGCUGUUCAUCGAGUUCCUUGCCAGGCUUCCCGAUAAUAAAGCCAGCGGCGAGGAGAAGGGCCAGAACUUCCUCAGAAUCCUCAUCACGGCCAUCACCAUCAUCGUGGUCGCCGUGCCUGAGGGUUUGCCAUUGGCCGUGACACUCUCGCUCGCCUUCGCUAGCAAGAAGAUGAGCAGAGAAAACAACCUCGUGCGGCAUCUGCAGUCGUGUGAGACCAUGGGCAAUGCGACGGUCAUCUGCUCCGACAAGACAGGGACAUUAACCCAGAAUGUCAUGACCGUUGUCGGGGGAAGUCUGGGUACGGGAGGCGUUGCGUUUGGUGAUGGCAACGAAAUACCCAACACGGACGACACAGGGGAGAAGAACGCCCCCCUUCACCCCGAAUUCCGCGACCUCACCAAAGACUCCAUCGCCAUCAACACCACCGCCUUCGAAGGCGAAGAAAACGGGCAGCCCAUCUUCAUCGGCACCAAAACCGAAACCGCGCUCCUCGACUGGGCACGCCAGAGCUUCGCCCUCGGCCCCCUAGCCACCGAGCGCGCCCAAUACCGCCUCCUCGUCAAAGGCGCGCCCGAGCUGGUCCUCGAGCAGUGCAGCACCACCAUCACCGACCCAACCCAGCUUCUGUCCACCUCCCCGCUCCAACCCCAAGACAAAGCCGCCAUCUCAUCCACCAUAUCCCACUACGCCUCCCGCUCCCUCCGCACCCUCGCCCUCGCCUACCGCGACCUCGACACCUGGCCACCACCCCCCGACACCUCACACCCCAAUACCUCAGAACCCGACACCACCACCACCACUACCUUCAACACCACCCCAGACACCACCGCCUCAGAACCAGACAACCCCUUCCAAAACCUAACCUGGCUCGCCGUCCUCGCCAUCCAAGACCCCGUCCGCCCCAACGUGCCCGCCGCUGUGCGUGACUGCCGCCGAGCGUCGGUGGCCGUCAAGAUGGUGACGGGGGACAAGGUGGAGACGGCAAGGGCCAUUGCGCGCGAGUGCGGCAUUCUUACUUCUUCUUCUCCUUCUUCUGAGGGGGGGGAGGAGGGUGUAGAGGGCCCCGCGUUCCGGCGGCUGGGGGAGGAGGAGCAGCGGGUGGUGGCGCAGGAGCUGUGCGUGAUGGCGCGGUCGAGCCCGGAGGAUAAGAGGGCGCUGGUGGGGGCGCUGCGGGCGGUGGGCGGGGUGGUGGCUGUUACGGGGGACGGGACGAACGAUGCACCGGCGCUGAAGGAGGCGGAUGUGGGCUUCUCGAUGGGGGUGAUGGGCACCGAGGUGGCCAAGGAGGCGUCGGAUAUCAUUCUGAUGGACGACGAUUUCUCGUCGAUUGUCAAGGCGUUGGCGUGGGGGCGGGCGAUCAACGACGCGGUCAAGAAGUUUCUGCAGUUCCAGAUCACGGUCAACAUCACGGCCGUCGCGCUGACCUUCGUCUCGGCCGUGGCUAGCAGCGAUGAGCGCUCCGUGCUCAACGCGAUCCAGCUGCUCUGGGUCAACCUGAUCAUGGACACGUUUGCCGCCCUCGCGCUGGCCACGGACCCGCCCAACAGCAGUCUGCUGGACCGGACGCCGGAACCCAGAAAGGCGCCGUUGAUUACACUGACCAUGUGGAAGAUGAUCCUGGGCCAGUCGGUCUACCAGCUCGCCGCAUGCCUGACGCUGCACUUUGCGGGGCCGUCGUUCCUCGACUACCCGCAGGCGCAGCUGGCGACCUUGGUGUUCAACACGUUCGUGUUUAUGCAGAUCUUCAAGUUGGUCAACAGCCGGCGGAUCGACAACAAGCUCAACAUCUUCGAGGGCCUGCACCGGAACCAUCUGUUCAUGCUCAUGAUGUCCAUCAUGGUUGCCGGCCAGGUGCUGAUUAUCUUUGUCGGUAGCACCGCGUUUGGCGUUGUCCGGCUGAACGGCGUGCAAUGGGCCAUUUCUCUCGUGCUCGGUUUCCUUUCCAUCCCCGUCGGCAUUCUCAUCCGCCUGGUCCCGGACAGCUGGCUUCGCGCCUGUGUGCGGCUGGUGCCGAGGAUGCCGAGGCUGUCGGUCCCGGGAUGGCGAAAGACACAAAAGACAGAUGAAGAAGCCGGUAGUGGUGAUUAUGAUGAUGCCGCCGUCACCACCAGUGGCGAUUUCGGCAGCGCCAUGUUCACCGUCAGAAAUGACCUAGCAUUCCUCAGGCGGGUGCGCGGCGGGAGGAUUGCCGCAUUGAGCGACGCCAUUGGAAUCCGUCCUAUCCGGAGGGAGGACGAAGGUCGGCAGCGAAGGCCUUCCAAGUCGACCAUGCAGUCGGCCGUCGGUAUGCCGGGUUUGCUGGCCGCCAGUAUCGGCGCCAUGUCGCCAGCCGCAGAACACGACCGUCGUGGUGUGCCGGCACGCGCCUGUCCUGGCACUGGAAACAUUUGAGGGUUGGGUGCGACCAAUGGCUGGGAGAUAGAGAGAGGUAAGGUUGCUGUGGAUGCUUGACCGUUCCCCUGGCGGGCUUCUUCUUAAUGAGUGAUGAUACUAUCUGCGUCGAGCGUUAAUAGAUAAUAAAGGUACGUAAGACUCGAAAACUCGAAUUGGUCAAGUGGAUCUUCAUCAUAGGCG